AUGGCUCCCUCAGAAGACAACCUAGGAUUCAAAUGUGCGGUCAUCACCGGUGGUGGUGGUGGCAUCGGCAAGGUGAUGGCCGAGCACUUCAUUUCCAAGGGCAAAAAGGUCAUCAUCGCCGGACGCACAGAAUCGAAACUUCAAAAAACAGCAAAAGAGAUCGGGGCUGUCGGCUAUUACGUGCUGGACACGGGCAAGGUCGAACAGAUACCCGACUUUGUCAAACGUGUCACCAAGGAACACCCUGAUCUAGACUGCCUCGUCAACAACGCUGGGACCAAGGAAUCCGCCCUCAUCAUCAACGUGUCGAGUGUACUUGGCUUCAUACCAUUCUCCAUCAUCAACCCCGUCUAUAACGGCACCAAAGCUUGGCUGCACUUUUGGAGCAUGAACCUUCGCACACAGCUCAAAAACAGUGGUUCCAAAGUCAGAGUUGUAGAAAUUGCGCCACCGACAGUAGCAACUGACCUGCACCGAGAGCGAUCGGAUCCAGACGACAACAAGAAGGAGAAUAAUCCGGAUGCUCUCAGCGUGGAUGAGUUUAUGGAGGAAGUCGCUAGUAAAUUGGAGGACGGUGUCGAGACCAUCGGGCCGGGCAUGGCUGGAGAGGUUAUCGGCAGAUGGUAUGGUGCGUUCGGUGAUCAAUACGCAAAGGCGGCAGGGAGCAAAUAG